AUGUUUUUAGAAAUUAGUGAAGAAUCAUCAUCUUCUGAAACUUUAAAAGAGGAUUAUUGUGUUAACACAAUUGGUGCUGAUCUUCGUAUUCGAUCUUCAUUUAUUUCAAAUUGUGAAAAACUAAUUACAGAGUCCACGUCACCAGAUCUUUGCAAUGAACAUUUUUUAUUAAAAACUCAAUCAUUAUCUAAAGAAAUUAAAGUGUUAUCAUCAGCUAUUUAUGAUCUCUGUUCCUCGAAGUUGAAUUUCAUAUCUACCAAUCGUGGUGAAAUAGAUGAUAAAAAUGAUGAAAAUCUUAUUUCGCGUGAUUCAGCAAAUAACAAAAAAUUCACUGAUGAUGAAUUACGUUAUUUAACAACUCAAGGACCUUUUCAGCCGAAAAUCCAAUAUAACUAUUUAGAAUAUAGUAAAAUAAAAGAUGCAGCAUUUUGUUUUUGCUGCCGCCUGUUUGGCCAAGGUCCCGGAGAUGCAAGAGCGGAAGAAGCAUGGACAACAAAGGGGGUUGAUUCUUGGUCUAAGAUGAAAGGACGUGGAACUCAGAAGGCGAGGAAACUCGUGACACAUUUCAAAUCUGCAGCACAUAAAGCUGCAGAAAAGAGAUUACAAAUUUUUAGUAACAAAAAAUCAAAUGUUGAUUUAAUGUUAAAUGCUGAUCGACGAGAAGCAGAUCAAAAACGUGAACAGUUAUUGAAAAUAAAUGAAAAAAUUAUAAUAUCAUUAUUGGAAGUAGCCAGAUUUCUGGGAAGACAGUCGUUAGCUUUUCAAGGACAGGAACAUGACGAAGGUAAUUUUGUAGAAGCAGUAAAUUUGUUGCGUCGUCGCGAUCCCGUGAUGAAUAAAUGGUUUAAUGACCCUAGUUUAAGACCUUAUCACGUUAGUUAUUUAACAAAUCGAGCUCAAAAUGAAUUUAUUGAAAUACUCGGCAAAUCUGUUCAUCAAUCGAUUUUGAAUGAUACUUACAAUUCCACAUUUAUCUCCGUCACCAUCGAUUCAACUCUAGACAAAAGUCACAAAGAAAUAUACACAAUAAUAACUCGUUUUGAACAAAAUUUUGAACCAAAAGAACGUGUCAUUGCAGUUGCAGAAUUGCCAUCAAAAGUUGGUCAAGAUAUAUGUGAUUUUGUACUUAAUCAGUUGUCUUUAUGUGGAAUUUCAACAGACAAAAUAAUUGCUCAAUCUUAUGACAAUGCAAGCAAUAUGUCAGGUAAAAAUACAGGUGUACAAGAAUGCUUAAAUCAAGCAUUAAAUCGUAAAAUACCAUAUAUACCGUGUUCUACACAUACAAGAAAUUUAGUUGUUCAACAUGGAAGCAGUAUCAGCAUUGAAUUCGUUAAUUUCUUCAAAAUUCUUCAAGAACUAUUUAAUUUUUUUAAUAUGAGUAUUAAACGUCAUGCAUUGUUGAGCCUAUUAUUGAAAGAUUUAUCGAAAACUAGAUGGUCAGACAGAUACAAUUCUAUUAAAGCAGUAUAUUCUUCGUACACAGAAAUUAUUGAAUCACUUGAUGAUGUUACUGAAAAUGAAAUGAUAAUAAAAGUGAAUAUUGAACUUAAAGACUAUUUGAAAGUUUUGAAUGAAAAACUAAAUGAAGAUGAUGAUAAACAAAUAAAGUCGAUUGAGCCGGGAAUAGAUGACGAAGAUCUAUUGUUCGCUGAAGUAAAUGCUGCUCAAUCCAAAAUAUCUGAAUAUGAAAAUGUUACACAAGCGUGUAAAUUAAUCAAAAAUCUAAAUCAUUAUCCAAGACUUCAACGAGUGUACAAAUAUUUGAUCACAAUACCAGUCUCAAUCGCCAGCAACGAAAGAAGUUUUUCAAAAUUAAAGAUUAUUAAGAAUUAUUUAAGAUCAACAAAGACAAAUGAACGUUUAUUUUACUUAAUGCUAUGUGCAAUAGAAAAAGAUAAGUUAGAUGAAUUAAAUUUACAUCAGUCGGCUAAAGAAUGGGCAAAAAUGAAAGAUCGUCGUAUAGAUUUAUGA